AUGUCGGCAUUUUUGAAGGCUUCUAGAUUAAUGGGUUCGGUUGCUCCAGCCCGUUUCUUUAGCUCAAAAAUUAAUGAUGUUGUCAUUGUUUCGGCCGCCCGUACUCCCAUGGGCAGUUUCCAAUCACAAUUGGCUCCAAUGAGUGCCACUCAAUUGGGUGCUGUUGCUAUUGAAGCUGCCGUCCAAAGAGCCGGUAUUAGCAAGGAAGAUGUCCAAGAAGUCUACAUGGGUAAUGUAGUAUCGGCUGGUUUGGGUCAAGCUCCAGCCAGACAAGCUGCCAUCUUUGCCGGUUUGCCCAAAAAUGUUUGCUGCACCACCGUCAACAAGGUCUGCUCCUCUGGCAUGAAGGCUGUCAUGAUUGCCAGCCAGUCCUUGAUGUUGGGCCAAUCUGAAAUCGCCGUUGCCGGUGGCAUGGAAUCCAUGUCCAAUGUCCCCUACUACUUGAAGAGAGGACAAACCCCCUAUGGCGGUGUUAACCUUAUCGAUGGUAUUGUCUUUGAUGGUUUGUGGGAUGUGUACAACAAAUUCCACAUGGGUAACUGUGCCGAAAAUACUGCCAAGAAAAUGGGUAUCACUCGCCAGGAUCAAGAUGACUUCGCCAUCAACUCGUACAAACGCUCCGCCAAGGCCUGGAGUGAAAAGGUCUUCGAUGCCGAAAUUGCCCCCGUCACCAUUAAACAAAAACGCAAGGAUGACAUUAUCGUGGCCGAAGAUGAAGAAUACAAGCGUGUCAAUUUCGAUAAGUUCGGCAAAUUGAGCACUGUCUUCCAAAAGGAAAAUGGCACCGUCACCGCUGGCAAUGCCUCCACAUUGAAUGAUGGUGGUUCGGCUGUUGUCCUGAUGACUGCUGAUGCCGCUGCCAAGAUGAACUUGAAGCCAUUGGCACGUGUUGUUGCCUUCCAAGAUGCCGAAACCGAUCCCAUCGAUUUCCCCAUUGCCCCCGCUUUGGCUGUACCCAAAUUGUUGGAGAAGGCCGGUGUCAAGAAGGAAGAUGUUGCCAUGUGGGAAAUCAAUGAAGCCUUCUCUUUGGUCGUCUGUGCCAAUAUCCGCAAAUUGGAUGUUGAUCCCAACAAAGUGAAUAUCCAUGGUGGUGCUGUGUCUUUGGGUCAUCCCAUUGGUAUGUCCGGCGCUCGUUUGGUAACACAUUUGUCGCAUGCCUUGAAGACCGGUGAAUACGGUUGUGCCUCCAUCUGCAAUGGUGGUGGUGGUGCUUCCUCCAUUUUGAUUCAGAAAUUGUAAAUUUCUGAAGAAGAACAAAAUCAAA